CCACGAUUAGCCCGAGCUGGUACUAGUGGCCACUGGCCAACCAACGUGCAUGCGUACUUGUCUCUCCAUUGUGAAGCGUGAACUCAUCAAAUCCUUUCUGGGAACGUCUGCAUUUGCAUUAUAAUACGACCUUCCUUGUUUCAAUUGUGGAUUUACUCUUGCACUUUGUUGUCGUUUGAAAUAUCAGCGCGUGUCAUAAGCUACCCAGAAGGGAAGGCUACAUUUUAUGCCAAGUGAAUCGCAUUCUGCGCGGUGUAUUUUUUUGUCAGGUCUAAAAUAUCCGAUCUCAAGCCGAUAACUUUCAUCAACAAACGAGUUGAGUUUAGGAGCACAUUAAUGCGUACAGUACACGGACCUACUUGCCAUAAGGACAUCUGUCAGAAUCCGAAUAAUGUUUUUGCAGUGAUUGUUUUGGUAUCAUUUACCACACUUCCACUGUUGCCAGUCUACCUAGCACGAGAGUAGCCAAAGUAACGCUUUUUAAAAACGAUUUAAUGAGUCCAGUUGUUUAGAGAAUUCUAGAGAAAUAUGGGAAGCACAGGGAAUGACUCCAAGAAGAGAGACGCGAAGACACCUAGAAAGAAGAGGACGCUUCGAUUGAACAUGCCCGACCUCGGCUCAUUUGCCAUGCCCUUCUUGGAGGGAGAUGCCGACCAUGUGGAUAAGGCCGACAUACAGAAGGAUGAUGGGAGUUGCCACUCAGCCAGCCCGACCAAAGGCUUCUUCGCGCGGGGGCCCUUCAGUCGGCCCUCCAGUCCCAAGUCGGCCCCUGCUAGGACCAAGAACAGCCCAGGCUCACCCAAAACCAUCUUUCCCUACCCUUCGUCCCACCAGGACUCCCCACCCAAGUCGCCUCGUCGCCUGAGCUUCAGCGGCAUCUUCCGCUCCUCCUCCAGAGACUCUAACUCCACCUCUCCCAUCAGCAUCAAGCUCUUCUCCAGGGCCAGGAAAGCCUCCGGGAUCUCCUCGCCUCCCUCAACUCCUCCGACACAGGCCGCCAAGCAGCCGCCGGCGUUCCCCCUCGAGGCCUAUCGGAGCGAGCCGGAGAGGCUGGAGGCACGGAUGCGCUCCUACUCAUCCCCGCCAGACACCGGGCAGCGCUUCAGUCUACGCUGCUCCAAACCACCCAUGACUCCCUCCACCCCCAUCGCUAACUCACGAUCACGACCAGUCCAGGGUUUAGCUGAAGGCAUGCUGGAGAAACUUGAUCUAGAAGAUGAAGCUUUUGAAGAAUCCGAAAGUGAUAUCUACAUGCGCUUUAUGAAGUCACACAAGUGCUACGACAUUGUUCCUACCAGCUCUAAGCUCGUGGUUUUUGACACUACUCUGCAGGUAAAAAAGGCCUUCUUCGCCUUGGUUGCCAACGGGGUGCGGGCAGCCCCACUAUGGGAGACAAAGAAGCAGAGCUUUGUCGGAAUGUUAACCAUCACAGACUUCAUCAACAUCCUCCACAGAUACUAUAAGUCUCCCAUGGUACAAAUCUACGAGCUGGAGGAACAUCAGAUUGAAACAUGGAGAGAGCUCUACCUACAAGAAACCUUUAAGCCAUUAGUGAACAUAUCACCUGAUGCGAGCAUAUUCGACGCGGUGUACUCGCUCAUCAAGAACAAGAUCCACCGGCUGCCCGUCAUCGACCCAGUCAGCGGCAACGCGCUUUAUAUCCUCACGCACAAGAGGAUCCUCAAGUUCCUCCAGCUCUUCGUGUGUGAGAUGCCCAAGCCUGCCUUUAUGAAGCAGACUUUGGAGGAACUAACCAUCGGGACCUACCACAACAUUGCCUUCAUCCACCCCAACACACCCAUCAUCAAGGCCCUCAAAAUCUUUGUGGACCGGAGGGUGUCCGCACUGCCAGUGGUGGACGAGUCAGGAAAAGUAGUGGAUAUCUAUUCCAAGUUUGAUGUCAUUAACCUUGCUGCUGAGAAGACCUACAACAACCUGGACAUCACGGUGACCCAGGCUCUGAGGCAUCGCUCACAGUACUUUGAAGGCGUCAUGAAGUGCAACCGGCUCGAGACACUGGAGACCAUCGUGGACAGGAUAGUCAAAGCAGAGGUCCACAGGCUGGUUGUGGUGGAUGAGAAUGCCCGGAUCGUGGGCAUCGUGUCCCUGUCGGACAUCCUGCAGGCCCUGGUGCUCGCCCCUGCAGGUAUCUGCAGGAAGAACAGCCAACCACAACCAGAAGUAGAAGCAGAGGCACCACCAGCAACAUUAGUAGAGGCAGAACCAGAGUUAGAGGUAGCAGCAGAUACAGAACUACAGGAAGAGGCCGAAGCAGAGGCACCACUAGAGAUGUUAGUAGAGGCAGAACCAGAGGUAGAGGUAGCAGCAGAUGCAGAACUACAGGAAGAGGCCGAAGCAGAGGCACCACCAGAGAUGUUAGUAGAGGCAGAACCAGAGACUGCGGAACCACCAGAAACAUUGGUAGAGACAGAGGUAGUGAUGGCUGAACCAGCAGCUGAGGUAGAAGCUCUAGUGGAAGCUGAGGUGGUGGUGGAAGAUGAAGCAGAGGUGGAAGGUAAGACUGAGACUGAGGUGGUGCUGGAAGUAGAAAUCAAGACUGAGGUAGUGGAGGUUAAGGGUGAAACGGAGGCAGAGAUGGCGGCUGAGGUGGAGGUUAAGGCUGAAACCAAGGCAGAGGACGUAGAGGUUAAGUCUGAAGCUGGGGUGGUGGUGGUAGAGUUGGUGGGGGUUAAGGCUGAAACCGAGGCUGAGGUGGAGGUUAUGGCUGAAACCGAGGCUGCGGUGGGGAUGGCAGAGGAUGAAGCAGAGGUGGUGGUGGAGAUUAAGGCUGAAACCGAGACAGGGGCUGAGGUGGGGAAUGCUGAGGCCGUGGCAGAGUCUGAGGCAGUAGUGAAGGUAGAGACUGCAGCUGGACCCAAGGAUGCUGAGGAAGGCGAGGCAGAGUGACAUCCAUGGUCGUCGCUACAAGCCGUACGUGACUGACCUGCCAUGACGCUGCUGUGAGAGGAAGUUGACUCAGGAAGAGGAGCGAGCUGAGAAAGAGGCUGGAUCUAAUUCUUGGGAUGGGUGGUUUAGUAGAAGUGUGACACUCCGGCUUACCAGGGUCCUAAUGGGUAAUUUUCUGUGAUUGGGGAGAUGGUCACAUGGGUGACUUUCUCGGGCUGACCAACCAGGGAUCACUUUACUAUAACUGGGUUGUGCCUCCCUUUUCUCCAGAUUGUGCACUAUAACACCCCCGUCCAUUUACCUCUGGAUCUUCCAGCAUCACCUGUCUGUGGGCCCAAUUCAGAAACAACCCGUAGUCCCUAUCCUCUAGGCACUUGAAAGGAGUGGAUGGGUGUGAGCAAUGUGGCUAAUAUUCCACCUAGCCUAUCAGAGAGAAAGACGGAGCUACCACCAUGUUGUCCUGUCUACACCAAGUGUCUACCUAGAGCAGUGGUUCUCAACCUUUUCUGAACCGGGGCGUACCUUGAGGUGAGACAAAUUCUGUGGCACACCUAAAAUGUCCCUAUUAAUCGAUUUUAGUGGAAAUUACCCCCAUUUCACCCAAACUGCUAUUUUCUGUGACAAAUGCUUUUCUUAUAGAUAAAUAGGGUUCAUUUGUGUGUAUCCAAGAGUGCCUCGUGACUCUGCUAGAAAUUUACAAAAAUGUAGCUCUUGGGAAAUAGGUCAUUAGUUUUGAGGCGUUUUGGUUAGAGAUUUGUUUUUUCUGCAUUGUAAAGAUGUAACCACCGAUAAAGCCAUGCUCCCCAUAUGUUUCUAUGGCAGAGGCUGUGGAACAGCUAAGCUUAAUCAGACUUGCCUGUGCUAGUGGUUCUCAGUCAUAGGCAAAGGUUUUUUUUAAAUGAUUCAAAUGACUUUGCUUGUGAUGCGCAACCCUCAGAUGAUACAAAUGUUACAGCCUGAGUGCACCGGACUUGAAAUGUUUGAGUGUUUAAAUUAUAAAAAUUAAAUAUAAAAAAAUAAGAUUAGGGAAAAGUUUCAAGUUCCUCAAGGCACACUGGUUGAAAACCACUGGCAUAGAAGUUAGGGGCUAAGGAUUGUUUCUGGACAGGAUCAUAGUCUCAACCAUGAGCACACAAAUGGUUUCAAUAUCAGUCUUUUAAGCUUAUUUUUUGUUCCGGUGUACUUCAACAUCUUUAUCAUGAUUCUGUCUGCUCUCCUCCUUCAGGGAGUGUUGUUUUUAUCUUUAUUUGCACAAGGUUUUGUGAACGUAACAGAGGCUCUCUGAAAACUAUACCAAUUCCCCCCCCCCCCCCCGCUAGUUAUGAUGUCCCUUUGACAACGGGCUGUGCUCGCUGUCCUGUCUUUAACGUCAUUGGUGCCUUUCGCCCCCACAAGUAGUCACACGUCAUUGGCUGAGAGAGAGCUGGAGAAUGUUCAAAAACGUGUUAAAACUGAAUGUGAGCGUUUCCAAAACCAAAAACAUGAUAUAUCACACCUUGUGUUUAUUUUGUUGAUGUUGAGAUAAUUUUCUAGAAUCAAAGUUUGUCUGUUAUAUUCCUGAAAUGUUAAUUUUGAAAUGAUGCUGUAAAGAUAGAUUCAAAGUUGUAUUUAUUAAAUCGUAUUUUCUCUGUGCUUAACUAUUUUAGAGGGGGGAAGAGAACGAAAGUGAGGUGACGGUAUGCUGACUUUGACUUUGUUGUUCAAUGCUUUUCAAGGAGCAGCAGCUGCCUAUAUCCAACAUUUCUCUUUCCUUCUCCAGUUACUUGGAGGCAUGCAAGAUAUCUUGUACUCUGUAUUGAUCAUUAUUUUUUUCUGUGUAUACAAUGCUGUAAAAUAAUGUUCUUCGUCAUUUAGAUUUUAUUUUUCCCUUGAGGAUUAGGUUGUGGUGUAUUGUUGAUGGUCUCGAUAAGGGGAUUAUCCACUGAAAAUGGAUAGAACUGGUUGAGUACGACAGUAUAAUGGUAAUACAUAUUGUACUUUUCAGUUUUAUUUUUUACUUUGCUGUUUGAAAAAGUAAUAAAACGUACUGUUGAA